UGCCCUGAUGGCCCUGUCUAUAACAAAGUUCGCAAAAAGAGACGCAAAACAAAGAUUUUGAAAUUUUUGAACCUGAGCUGAAGUUUUCUCAUCGGAACGUAUUGGCAAAUAAUGGAAUACUCUCCAGUUGAUUAGCCAAACUUGGAAAUAAACUGAGCAAAAAAAAAUUAAAAUGGAUCAGAAAUUGUUUUUGAAUAUAUUUUUCUGUGCAGUGGCUCUACCAAACGUAAUAGGCUUUACAUGCUACAAAUGUUCGUAUGUAACUCAGACAGAAGGUAGCCGACGAGACUGCAUCGAGAAUCCGUCGGCAUUAGGUUUUGGCUCACAUCUAGAAUGUAACUCUACAAGUUACUGCGUGUUACAGGAACAAUAUGAUAUACAUAAGAAACUUGUGACCUCAUACUUCCGUUCAUGUUCUGGAAAGUCAUGGGGUAAUGAGUGUAACAAAGAUUGGAGUCACGUGACAUGCAAAGCAUCUUGUCAGGGUAACUACUGUAACGAACGUGACCAGGGAAAACGAUACGAGGCCUAUCUUGCCCUACACAAAGACGAUCAUCUGUUCGAUAGUGGGACCUCAUUUACAACGAACAUUUAUUUAUAUAUGUCAAUGAUAUUUGUAGGUAGAUACAUUCAGUGGAAAAUAAUGUGAAUAGCUGGUCCGACUGUGUGGAAUGAAUUUGUCUUUAGCGCGACAAAAUCGACUCGGACGCCGUUUGAUAGCGAUGCGAAUAUGCUAUUUUAUAUGUAAUUGUGUGGUUUAAUAUUUUGGCUUUUUAUACGCAAUGUGUACAUGGCAUAUCAUUUAUCAUUUUACCCAUGCAUGCUUGACCAUGUGUGCAUUUGAUCUUGUAUAGCAUGCUGUUGGAAGGAGCGAAACUAGCUCUCGCCUGUAUCAAUAAGAAAAGAUGUCAGAUUUAGAUAGCAUCUGUAGCAGCUAUAUUUUCACAGACUAUGCAUUCCGUGUCAGCCAUGCUGUAUCGUUAAAACAAAGUGCACUGUCAUAAAAUUAAUAUAAUAAAGGAGAUGUUCGCUUUGUUCUUUCCAAGCAAUACAUUAAUUAAGUUAACCCUUACCCUACUGAAUUUCUAGGAUGAACGUGUCCAUCUUUCAAUUUGGACAGUACCAUUAACUGUUAAAAGGGGUGCUUACCUAUAAGAUUCUUUCACUGGUUGUAGGUGCAGAUGGGAAUUUCCGGCUUCGAGGGUAACUGUUUAGGCGGUAACGAGGUUCCUACCGAGUUACCGCCUAAACAGUUACCCGAGAGCCGGAUAUUCCCAUCUGAACCUAUAACCAGUGACAGAAUCUUUUUCUUGCAUACCGAUAUAAAGAUAUAAUAAUAAAAAUAAAAUCAGUCGAACGGCUUUCUUUUUAGAACUAUUUCUUAUAGCAGCGUAUUUAAACAAAGCGCGGGAAAUCAACGUCCAUAAACAGGAAAGACGUCAUGACGU